CAGUAGAACAAGUGAAUAAAUCAUGAAUCAUCAGUGAGGCCUCAGCUCGAAGCUGUCAUUGUUUCAUACAGACGCUUUCAUUACCUGUGCUGCUUGAAAUAACUAAUAUCCGAGAGGAAAUAUUACAUAUUAAGUUAGUUUUUAAUUGACGUUACCAAUCUGUAUCGUGGGGCUUUGACAUUCGCUAGCCGAAGCUGUCAGGCGCAGUGGAACUUGUAAACACUUUGAGAAAGAUGGCUGACAACGGAGCCCCACCGGCUGCUGAAGAGGACCCGGCCGCGGCUUUCCUGGCCCAACAGGAGAGCGAGAUCGCGGGGAUAGAGAACGACGGAGACGGGUUCGGGGCGCUGGAAGGAGCCAACGGCCACCAGCAGCAGCAGGAGCCGGAGCCGGAGCCGGAGCCGGCGCCGGCGCCGCCCGAGCCUCAGCCUCAGCCGGCCAGCUAUGACGGUUUCGAUGACGAGCCUGCCACAGUGAAUGGGGACAUGUUUCAGGAGUCCAAUGGCCCGACAGACAACUAUGCAGCCAUUGCCCAGGUGGACAUUCAGAGACAAGAGCCGGAGAGUUUACGCAAGUGGAGGGAGGAGCAGAAGACACGCCUUGAAGUGUUAGACUCGGCAUCCAUGGCCGCUGAGGCAGAGUGGAGAGAGAAAGCCAAAAAGGAGCUGGAGGACUGGCAUGUGCACCAGAACGAGCAGAUGGAGAAGAACAAGGCCAACAACAGGAUUGCUGACAAGGCUUUCUACAAACAGCCCAACUCUGAUGUUAUAGGCUUUGUAGCAUCGGAGGAGGCUUUCCUGGCCGAGAGUGACGGCGACAGCCCGGGAUCGGAAUGGGAGCGAGUAGCCCGUCUCUGUGACUUCAAUCCCAAAACCAACAAACAGGCGAAGGAUGUUUCUCGAAUGCGCUCGGUCCUCAUCACUCUCAAACAGACGCCUCUAGUUCGCUAAAGAGGAGAGCUGUCUUGUUCGAGAAACAUUGCCUUUUUUUCAGUUUUAACCUCACGUCACACCACAAAGAGUUUUUACGCCCUUUUCCAUAAGAUUACUGGUAUGUUUAUAACCAUCUCAAAAUUCCGCUCCUCUUGAUGCCUGUUAUAUUGAAGUAAUUAUACUUAGCCUCACUCUUCCGAGAGAAGAUGGACUGCUCCUUUAGCUGAUCAGUUCUGUCACUGCUACCACAUAAGAAAAUAUUGUUACUGUAAGUUAAACAUUUUUGCAUUUUCCUUCCCUUUUAACUUAUACAUUUUUAUUAGGUCAACUUUAUUGCAUGUCUCUGCCAAUAUUUUGGAUGCACAUGUUUUAGUUUUAUAAAUUUGCAUUACACUAUUUGAGCACUGUUAGGGAUUAGAUUGUAACCACUUAUGCCUCUCAUCAACCGUAACUAAUUCUUUGUUCACAUUUGUUGUUAUAACCCAAAUGAAGGUAGAUUGCAUAUUUUUCUCUUUCACAUACAUAAGCUUGUGGCCUUUUUUGAUAUUGCUCUUACUGCAGUUUGAGUUUUCAGCCAGAGGGAUUUUUCUUUCUUCAAUUAGGCAACAAAAACAAAAUCAUUCACAACCAAAGAUCUCUUCUAGCAUCUAAAUUAUCCAGAGUUCACGUCAUUAAACAUUGUUUGGUAUUUUUCUCAUCUCACCGGUUUACUACGCAGAUGUUUUAUGCACCAUUUUGUGUCACACUCAAAUGUGUUUUAUAUUUUUUAAAACAGCAGUCAAUGAGGUGUCAGUUUCAACAGUGAUGUCUGCACAUUGUUUCACAUGUUGCCUAUUUGGACUUGAUGAAUACUGGAAAAGUGAAUGUUAACAGGGAACUGGAAAAUAAAACAGUGGAGUACGAUCCCCUAAAUUUAUUUGUACUUAAAAUAGUUACCGGCUAAUGACUGUUGCCAAACAAAAACACCCUGGAGAUCGUCACUGGAAUCCCAGUUUGUUCCACUGGUGUGAGAGGAGCUAAAAUUACAUGUGGCCCAAUGCCAACAUCCAUCCGAACUUUAUCUCACUCACUCCUGGAAUGUGCUGCUAAAAAUGCUUGAUUCAAUUUCAACCCUUGUUUUAGCAUCAAGUUAAAAAAACACAAUCAUUGGACCAAGAAGUGCACAGGAGCAAGUCGUGUCUAGUUCUUAUUCUUUGAAGGCACGAUGCAUAUUUGUUUUAUUGUCAUGAGUCACACUUAACUAGCCACCACAAUGCCUCUGUUUAGGUAAGGUAACUUCACAAAGUGCUGUGUCAUUCCUAGUUCUUUAUUUGGAGCCCUCCCUACCCCAUGACUUUCAUGUGACAUUAAAAGUCCAAGAGUCUAAAGUGGACGUUUAGACUGGGUCAGUCUUUGUCUAGAGUCCUAAUGUUUUAACCUGCUCACCCCAGCCAAUCAAAUAAAAACUCUUCACAUUAAA